UAUUCCGUGAAGCGGAAGAAGUAUACAGCCACUGACUACUGCGGAGGUUGCAUUGCUUUAAAUGCCUCAUGGCCACUGCAGAGGUCUGAUUGAACGUAUAUCGGGUUUUACUGCUUCGCUGCACAGAUAGCGCUGCUGUAAUCAGUCUGGUAUUUUAUAGGCUACCCUUACUGGGCCUCAGUAAAUUAUUACUAUCUGGACUCUCGACGAGGAUGUUGUUCCAAGUGGCUCUCGGGUAGAGGUAGACGAUAACAGAUAUCAGGAUUCUUGGUGAAUAGGGUGUUGAACGUUUCAUUGACUCUAAUAUAUCAGGUAAAAUCUUACCCAGGAUCUUUCUGAAGUACGAUUAGCCUACAUUAGACGUUUAUUUGUCACAACUGAAAUCGAGUUUCGAUAUUUAAAAGGACGUUUGAUUGUUCUGGUCUAGUUGUGACAAAGAAAGUAACUAGCGUAGGCUAGCUACAGAUUUACUCUUGAGGUUUUUUUAUUUGAAGAAACGCUGAAGAAAGAAUAGCUUCCACGAUGGAUCAGGACAGAGCUAGCCCAUCCCCCUCCACCCUGCUGGAGUCCCCUGGUCACAACUCUCCUGGUAGAGCCUUACUGCUGGGUCUGAAGAGGGUGUCUGUGUGGCUGGUCGACUGCAGGAAAACACCAGGGCAGAGUGGAACUGUAAGAGAAGGACACGAGGAGGGUGAUGGAGAUUUGAUUUCAUCAAGGGACACCCCAAACCGUCGUUCUCUCAGUGGGAGGGGCUUAUCAUCUGGGGCGCCUCAACCACAUCAUGUUGCUGACCAGACAGAGAAAAGUCUCUCCAGAUCCGAACAUCUCAAGAAACACCAGCAGAGACAUACAAGGAAGAAACCUAACCACUGGUCUUCUGACUGUGGGAAGAGUUUCAGAAGCCGGAUUGGAGUCAUAAUUCAACAGCGGAUUAACAACGGAGAGAAACCGUACUGCUGCUCUCAUUGUGGGAAGAGUUUCACUGCCUCUCAAACCUUAAAAUGCCAUCAGAGAAUUCAUACAGGGGAGAGGCCUUACCCCUGCGUUGAUUGUGGGAAAUGGUUUGCUUUUUUGAGAGCUCUAAACAUACACAAGCUGACACACACUGGAGAGAAACCUUAUAGCUGUGAUCAGUGUGGGAAGAGCUUUGCUCAAUCAGGCCAGCUGACUAUACACCAGCGCAUACACACAGGAGAGAAGCCUUAUAGCUGUGAUCAGUGUGGGAAGAGCUUCAGUCAAUCAGGGAGCCUGAAUUCACACCAGCGAAUACACACUGGAGAGAAAUCUUAUAGCUGUGAUCAGUGUGGGAAGAGCUUUUCUCGAUCAAUACAUCUGACUAUACACCAGCGCAUACACACAGGAGAGAAGCCUUAUAGCUGUGAUCAGUGUGGGAAGAGCUUCAGUCAAUCAGGGAGCCUGAAUUCACACCAGCGAAUACACACUGGAGAGAAGCCUUAUAGCUGUGGUCAGUGUGGAAAGAGCUUUGCUUUCUCAGGAGAGCUGACUAGACACCUGCGAUCACACACAGGAGAGAAGCCUUAUAGCUGUGGUCAGUGUGGAAAGAGCUUUGCUUUCUCAGAAGAGCUGACUAGACACCUGCGAACACACACAGGAGAGAAGCCUUAUAGCUGUGAUCAGUGUGGAAAGAGCUUUGCUUGCUGUGCACAGCUGACUAGACACCUGCGAACACACACUGGAGAGAAGCCUUAUAGCUGUGGUCAGUGUGGGAAGAGCUUCAGUCAUUUAUGGAAUCUGAAUUCACACCAGCGAACACACACUGGAGAGAAGCCUUAUAGCUGUGAUCAGUGUGGGAAGAGCUUCAGGCAAUUAGGGAAUCUGAAUUCACACCUGCAAACACACACUGGAGUGAAGCCUUAUAGCUGUGAUCAGUGUGGGAAGAGCUUCAGUCAUUCAGGGAGUCUGAAUUCACACCAGCGAACACAUACAGGAGAGAAACCUUAUAGCUGUGAUCAGUGUGGGAAGAGCUUUGCUUGCUCUGCACAGCUGACUAGACACCUGCGAACACACACUGGAGAGAAGCCUUAUUGCUGUGAUCAGUGUGGGAAGAGCUUCAGUCAAUUAGGGAAUCUGAAUUCACACCAGCGAACACACACUGGAGUGAAGCCUUAUAGCUGUGAUCAGUGUGGGAAGAGCUUCAGUCAUUCAGGGAAUCUGAAUUCACACCAGCGAACACACACUGGAGAGAAGCCUUAGACUGAAUUCACACCCGCGAACACAUACUAGAGAGAACCCUUAGUUAGGUAUAUGUGGGAAGAGCUUUGUUCAUUUAGGGCCAAUGAGAAAACACCAAAAAUCACAAAAAUGACGUAUUUCAUCUCCUUCCAAUCCGGUUCCAGAUCCCUAAAUAAAGGAUCAAUAGAAAACAUCUAGUGAACAGUCAUAUCCAUCUCCCAUUCUUAAAUCAGGUUACUUAUUCUGAUCACCAUGGUAACCUCUGUGGAGCAUAAUAUGCAGCUCUGAUCUAGGAUCAGGUCUCCCCUGUGUCUAUGUAAUAUCACUCAUUGGGAUCUAAAUGGAUAAAUGCUAUCAUAGAAAAUGUCAUAGUGAACCUGUGUGUGUUGGGGGGAUGUUGAUAAUUGUAUCUUCUUUCAUAUACUCAUGAUACCAUUAUUAUUAAAUGUCAUUAUGUAGAAUAAUGUUUCAACAAUAGGUGUAUAUUCAUGUAUUCAAUUGAUCAAUAAAUUCAAUCCAUUAUCUUCUAAACAAGAAGUUAUCACUUUAA